AUGAGGAUUGCCACGCUGCAAUUCGCCGCCAAGUUGGGCGAUGUCGAAGGCAACAUUGCCAGAGCAAAUGAGCUCCUCAAAAGCGGCAAGGCUGUCUCUGUAGGGGGAGAGAACCUCGGCAUCGGAAUCGGGGUGGAACUAUUAAGACCUGAUCUCUUGGUGCUAUCAGAGAUGGCUUUGACGGGCUAUAAUUUUCCCUCGCUGGGGGCGAUCAAGCCGUAUCUCGAGCCCGCCGGCAAAGGUCCCUGUGCCAGCUGGGCGCGAGACACGGCCAAGCGUUUGCGCUGCAAAGUCUGUGUGGGAUACCCCGAGAUUGAAGCAGAUGCACAGGAUACUAGCCAAACCAAGUACUACAACUCACUUCUUGUGGUUGACGAGAACGGCGACGUUAUCCUCAACUAUCGGAAGAGCUUCUUGUAUUUCACUGAUGAGACUUGGGCAGCAGAAGGUGAUGUGGAGCGGGGAUUCCAUGAGCUUUCGUUCUCCUCGGACGAUCGGUCUUCGUCAUCGACGGAUCUCGUGGGUGGGGUCCGUCCAAGUACAGCAGAACAAAAGGAAAGGCGCAUCGCGACAUCCUUUGGCAUCUGCAUGGACAUCAACCCGUACAAGUUCGAAGCUCCAUUUACUGCGUGGGAGUUUGCAAACCGGGUUCUUGACUCUAAAUCUCAACUCGUCAUUUUGUCCAUGGCCUGGUUGACGCUGUUGACUCGAGAAGAGUUAGAGGCUCUGAAAGGAAAACCCGAGAUGGACACGUUCAACUACUGGCUGCAGCGAUUCUGGCCCCUGCUCAAGAAACAGAUGAAACACGACACCGAAAUCGACGAUACAGAUGCCAAAAGGAUUGUUAUUGUGUUUGCGAAUCGAGCUGGCGAGGAGCCACCGGCAGAUGAGACGAAACCCCCAGCACGAUAUGCGGGGACGAGCACCAUUAUGGCCGUGACGCAACGACCUCUGCCUGCUACAGAACAAUCGGCUGGGUCAUCAGAUGAUGAAACACUCAGCGAGGAGAAGAGUGAGACAGCCAGCCCAAACCAGGCCCUCGAUGUGAAGAUCCUCUGCUGGGAUAUGCUUGGCGCGGCGGAGGAGGGGAUUUGUUUCGCGGAUACCACGGCAGAUCCGAAAAUGGUGUUCGAACUGAAAAAAGCAUCGGGGUGA